CAUAUUCAACUCAAAGAAUAUAAUAAUAAAAGACUGCAGAUGGCAAGAGAAAAGAAGACAGCAAUUGAACUACAUUUCAAUGACAGAACAAACAAAAAUGAACCAUUCUUAGUUUCUGAAAUGCUUGAUGUGGAAAAUA